UAUAAGAUCAUAUUACCAAAAGUUACAACGGUAGGCCCAUUUUAGGCCCGAACUAGAGUACCCCAUCUAGCCUUAGAUAAUGGGCGAAAAUACUAAAAAAAAAAAAAGUAAAAAAGCAAUUAGGCGCCCUUAAGUUUACCGUUAGAUUGAAGAUCCUAAACUUUUACACAAAAUUCGACCGUUGGUGUGGCUCCCCACUUCCAUCUAAAUACCGCCACUUCACUCCUCCUCGUUACUCCAUCUUCAUCUUCAUCGCUGAAUUCCUCACUGAGAGAGAGAGAGAACGCAGGAGAGAGAAACUGACAAUCUAACUAACCAACAAUGGCUGCAAGACCUCUUCUUCAAGACCAACCCAGAAGAGUAGGUGGAGUUCAGCAGAAGAAUGGUGAAGGAGAUAGAAAGAACAGGACAGCUUUAGGAGACAUAGGAAACGUAGUGACUGCUAGAGGAGGCAAUGGCAUUGCGAAACCGCAGGCGGGUAACCGCCCUCUCACUAGGAGUUUCUGUGCUCAGCUUGUAGCUAAUGCACAAGUAGCUGCUCAGAAAAACCAGACUACUUUGCAGAAACAAGGAGUACAAGUUGUGGAUGUUAAUGUUGCUGGGGCAAGGAAAACAGUAGCAGGUGUUCAGAAAAAGUUGCAAGAAAAGAAUUCUAAACAUGGCAAAGUAGAGUUAAAACCAACAUCUAAGAAGAAGAAAUCCCCAACACUCACUGCUUUCCUCACUGCUCAUAGCAAGGAAGCCUGUGGACUGACUAAGAAACCUCAAGAGCUAAUUGUGAACAUUGAUGAGGGGAGCAUAGAAGAUGAACUGGCAGUUGUUGAGUAUGUUGAAGACAUCUACAAAUUCUAUGAGAUCGCUGAGGAGGAAAGCCGAGUGCGCGAUUACAUGAAUUCGCAAUCGCAGCCAGAUAUCAAUGAGAAAAUGAGGUCUAUUCUUGUAGAUUGGUUGAUUGAAGUGCAUUACAAGUUUGAAUUGAGGCAAGAAACUCUCUACCUUACCAUCAACAUCAUCGACCGCUUCCUUUCUAUCAAAGUUGUCCCUAGGAAAGAGCUUCAGUUGGUGGGCAUUGCUUCAAUGCUUAUAGCUUGCAAGUAUGAAGAAAUUUGGGCACCCGAGGUUAAUGAUUUUGUUCAGAUAUCAGACAAGGCUUAUGUCAGAGAACAAGUUUUGGCUAUGGAGAAAGCAAUACUAGGGAGCCUAGAAUGGUAUCUCACGGUACCUACACCAUAUAUGUUCUUAACUAGAUUCAUCAAAGCUUCUUCUGCUCCAUCUGAUUCUGAGAUGGAGAACAUGGUAUAUUUCUUUGCUGAACUUGGGAUAAUGAAUUAUUCUACCACAAUCAAGUACCCUCCCUCACUUCUGGCAGCGUCGAGCGUAUACGCUGCCCGCUGUACACUAAACAACAGUCCCUCUUGGACAGAAACUCUCCAGCACUACACUGGCUACUCUGAAAACCAGAUCAAGGAAUGUGCUAGGCUGUUGGUAAGUUUUCAUAUGGCGGCGCCUGAAAGCAAGCUGAGGGCAGUCUACAAGAAGUUCUCGAAACCAGAUAAUGGCAUGGUCGCCCUUCGUUCUCCUGCCAAAAGCCUUUUGGCCUCAACUUGAUGAGAUAUUUUUACCAGAGUUCAUUGAAAGACAGCACUAGUAGUUUUUUUGUCAUUAAGUUUCUACCAUCAUUUCUAUGAUGGCUGCUAUUCUUUGAUUGAUUAUUGAGAUAUGUAACCAAAUUUUAUUAUAUGUAACCUUUGGUAUAGUAAUGAAGAAAUUUUCAUUCACAUCA